ACUUUUUUUUAUAAAUAACGUAACUUUAAUAGCCUAAACGACGCUCCGUACUUUAUAUUGAUCAAUUACAACGACCGACGUUUUGUGUGGAAGUAAGGCCUCCUUCAGAUUUUUGCCGCACUAAGAUUUGUUGACAGACAAUGGAACCCGCUGGUAGUCGAAGCGCAGUCCGGAACAUUAAGGACGAAGCCACACGAAAGAAGGUAGAAGAAAUAUUAAAUUCUUGUGUCUUGGAUGAUGCAACUAUCAAGAAAAUUAUGGAUGUCUUUGAGGACCAGAUCAAUCUUGCUAAUACUUUGGACCCAGAGAAAAGGAAAAAGUCUAAUCUGCUAUGGGAAUGUACAUAUGUACGGAAUUUGUUAACAGGAAAGGAGAAUGGUGAAUAUCUUGGCCUUGACCUUGGAGGCACAAACUUCCGUGUGGUUCGGGUCGUGAUGAAAGAUGGAGAAGCCACCACCACAACAAAGUACUACAAUCUGGAUGACAAAAUCCUCUCCGGGCCUUGCCAGCAUAUAUUUGAUCAUAUUGCUGAGAGUCUAGAAAGUUUUCUUAAAGAAGAAAACAUUACAGCAUCUUGUCUACCAGUUGGUUUUACUUUCUCAUUCCCAUCUGAUCAGAAGAGUUUAAAGAACAGCAUUCUGGUUACAUGGACUAAAUCAUUUAAGUGUCCUGAUGGCGUUGGACAGGACGCCUGUGUUAUGUUGGAGGAAGCCAUUGCAAGGAGAAAGGACAUGCCCGUGAAGCUUGAUGUAAUGGCAAGAAUCAGCGACACUACUGGGGCUCUUAUGGCUGGGAAUUAUGCCGACAAAAAAUGCCGUAUUGGAGUCAUUCUUGGUACUGGAUCCAAUGCUGCCUUUGUGGAGAGGAUUGAAAACUACAACAAGUUUGAAGGCAAAGAUCCUGACACGAAACAGAUAAUCGUGAACACAGAGUGGGGUGCCUUUGGUGACAAUGGCUGCUGUGAUUUCUACAGAAAUGACUUUGAGAGAGAGGUUGACAAAUACUCCAAUCACGUCAAUUCUUUUACAUUUGAGAAGUCAUUUUCAGGAAUGUACCUUGGAGAAUUAGUGCGUUUAGUUCUGGUGAAGCUGGUAGAUGAAGGGUGUCUGUUCAAAGGAAACCCCUGUCCGGAGUUGAAGAAGCGCUGGGAAUUCCCCACAUCAUAUGUGACCUCAAUAGAAGAAGAUACAGACACAUCCAAAAACACUUGGUCUGUCUUGAAGGCACUCGAUUUAGCAGAUGUUGCCACAGAAGAAGAUGUUGCGAUUGUGAGAGAAACCUGUGCCGUUGUGUCAGAAAGAGGAGCAAAAAUAGUGGCAGCAGCUUUAGCUGUUCUUCUACAACACAUCAAUCUUCCGGAAGUCACCAUUGCCUUUGAUGGAUCUGUGUAUGAAAAACAUCCCAAAUUUCGCAUCCACAUUGCUGACCUCUUGGCCAAACUAGUUCCAACUACCAAGUGUACAAUGAUAAUGGUAAAAGAUGGGAGUGGUCAGGGAGCAGCAUUUGUGGCAGCUGUAGAAUACAAACCAAGUUAGAAAUGGGUUUACAUAUGCAUAUACUAGUGUACUUUGUAGUCAGCAUUAUACAGGGCAGCGGAGCCAGGAGGUCAGAGGCAUAAAAUUGGUGGAGGGACAGGUCAAGGAUAGGUGCAAUGUCACUGACUGAGGUCAAGGUCAUUAAGGGGAAAGUAUCCCCUGUGUGUUCUAUGGCCGGUUCUUUAUAGCACAUGUAAUCUUGAGAAAUAUACUACGCAUUGUAAUAAAGAAAAUAAAAAUA